CUAGUACUUCUUGUUGAUACAAACAGUAAGUAUGACCAUUACAGUCCGAAAGGCAGCCGAAGGGGUCGCCAAAGUUGUUGGGCAAAAGGCUGCUGCCCCACAUGCGGCGGCCAAGAUUUCGCUGCGUUCUCCGCGUGCCGUGACCCUAGCGGAAGCCAAGGCUGACGCCAUUCAACCGGCACGGGAGUCUACGAAAACCACCAUGACGCCGUGGCGAGGUUGGUUUGAACGCGUUCUGCAAGAAGUUAUUGGUGAAGAGCGGGUAAAGAAGAUAAAGGACACAAUGUUGUUCAUGCCAGAUGACAUCUAUGAUUUGGAACAGUCGCCGAAACCUUCUCAGAAGAUUCCUAUUUCUAAGACUGAUCCUACCAUAACCGCCAUGUAUCGCUAUCCUUCACCUGGUUCCCAGGAAUCCGUUCGCAUUCCGGAAUUUGAAAACGGCAAAGAUCCGUACGACACGGGCUACUUCAAGCGUGAUACACGUCGUCGUUACCAGUUUGAAGAACUCGGAGAUCCCGAUAUUGAAAAGGCCAAGUUAGAAUUGAUGGAUCCCAACGAUCCUCAGGUACAAGAAGACAAGAAAAGGGUUGAAGCUGGCCCUGCCAGUUCUCCGGGAAAUAAAGGAGUUUUUGCCACGGGUCCAUCGGACUUUGAUCCUACAGGUCUUCGCGCUACGAUGAGUGUCACCUGGUCCGAACUUAAUAAAUCGUUGGACGCUCAUAUGCCUGAUCAUUUGCCGACGCCUACCUGGAUGAAAGACAAGGAAGCAAUCAUUGCAUGGCACAAGGAACGUGAUUUGCCUGUGCCAGUAGGACCGGUCUACGAAGGUCUCAAGGUGCCGGUAUACUUGCGUGUUGCACGAUGGUAACAAAGCAAAAGGGUGUUUGGACAUUUUUAUCCUAGUGGACCCACCGAAACCAGCUGCUCUGGAAGAACAUACUCGUUUCGAUUCUUUAGUUGCGAAUGAAAUUAUCGAUUGAAAUAAAAAGUCCUUUGUGUCUCCUUAAAGGCCUGUUUCAUCAAUC